UGUGUAAGGGGAGGGGCAGUGCAGCGUGUCAGUUACUCGCCACACAUAUGUUUGCAACGUGCUCUAAACUGCAUUCGACAUUUAGCUCAGUUAACCGUAGGGAAACCUGUUCUCUCCUGCCACAUUUAAGGAUAUUUGUUACGUGCCUGGCUUUCAUAUCCGAACAGCAAACACGGAAUUCAGAUUUUAUCUCUCAUCGGCUUUGAAUAAUGCGCUGUAAAGCAAGCCUGGACAAGAGUGAGUCCUCACUGGUUUCUUUGAGGUGCUGUAAUCACAUGAAGGCUGAAAUGAGACUGCAUGACCUGGGAGAAUUAUCUGUUUGUAGAUGGAUGCUCGGUUGAAUUCAAAGCUCAAGUAUUUGAUCAUCAUCUUUAUCAUCAUUAAACAGCUCUGCCAUUCAGUGCAGUAGUCCUGGGAUUCAGAAAAGGAACCUUACAGGAAAGAAGGAAUGUUAUUUGUGCAUUUCUUAAACACUUGAAUGUUCAUGAAGGUAGUAAAUUUAACAAGAAGAGACAUAAAUAUGGAAAGUGUGGCAUGGCACUCUUUCUCAGCCUGUUCCCUUUUCCUCCUGACCGUCAACGUUUUCAUGGCUGUUUCAGUGCUAAGAGCUGAAGAAGAUGUUACACCACGGCUAAGCUUUGUAUAUGAUACAGAAGACAGGCUAGCCAAAAGAUUUUCACCUGUUGGAGUGUUCAACUUUACCUCCCUGCUCCUGAGCCCAGGGGAUAACACACUAUACAUAGGUGCAAGAGAAGUUCUGUUUGCACUUAACCUCAGCGAUAUCAGCAGAUUGCAACUGCACCGCAAUUUCACAUGGAACACACCAGAAAGAAAACGAGACGAGUGUAGCUUUAAAGGCAAAAAUCUACAGACUGACUGUUUCAAUUAUAUUAAGAUUUUACUGCAUGUAAACGCCACUCAUCUAUAUGUGUGUGGAACACAUGCCUUCAGCCCUGUAUGUGCUCACAUUAACACAAUGGAUUUCUCUCUGGUGCGCAGCAGUACAGGAGUGAUUGUGACAGAAGACGGACGCAAUCACUGCCCUUAUAAUCCAGAAUAUAAAUCCACUGCCAUCAUGGCUGGUGGAGAUUUGUAUGCUGCUACCGUUAGCAAUUUUCAAGGGAAUGAGCCCAUCAUUUACAAAAGCCUUGGUCAGGGCACUACCUUAAAGACAGAAAACUCAUUGAACUGGCUUCAAGACCCAGCUUUUGUAGGCUCAGCGUUCAUCCAGGAGAGCCUCCCAAAAGGCAAUGCAGUGGGUGAUGAUGAUAAAAUUUACUUUUUCUUCAGUGAAGCAGGAAAAGAGUUUAAUUUCUUCGACAACACUAUUGUUUCCCGUAUUGCCCGUGUGUGUAAGGGUGAUAAGGGAGGAGAGAGGGUCCUGCAAAAGAAGUGGACCACCUUUCUGAAAGCACAGCUCCUCUGCUCAUUGCCUGGAGAUGGUUUCCCUUUUAACAUCAUUCAAGACAUAUUUGUCUUGACACCCAGUAAGGAGGACUGGAAGAGCACUGUGUUCUAUGGAGUUUUCACAUCUCAAUGGUAUAAAACGGCAGUGGGAAGUUCAGCUGUGUGCACCUUUACUAUGAGCCAAGUGGAGGAGGUGUUUAAUGGUCGCUAUCGGGAGGUUAACAGGGAAACACAGCAGUGGUACACCUAUAAUCACCCAAUUCCAGAACCCAGACCUGGAUCGUGCAUCACUAAUGCAGCUCGGGCUCAGGGCAUCUUCUCCUCACUGCACAUGCCGGAUAAGGUGCUAAACUUUGUAAAGGAUCACUUCUUGAUGGAUAGUGUGAUUCGCAGCCAACCGUUGCUGGUUCAACGAAAUGUGCAUUAUAUACAAAUCACUGUGCAUCAUGUCCAGGCUGUACACAGGGCCUACAAUGUGCUGUUUUUGGGUACAGAUGAUGGCAGACUACACAAAGCCAUCAACUCCAAGGGUAAAACACACAUCAUUGAGGAGCUGACACUUUUUCUAGAACCACAGCCUGUACAGCACAUCAUUCUAGAUGCCGAAAAGAGUGUGUUGUUUGUGUCCUCUUACUCCACACUGGUGGAGAUUCCUGUUGCUAACUGCUCCAACCACAAGAGCUGUGGGGAGUGUAUUCUCACAAGAGACCCUUACUGCGGCUGGACAGGAGGGCAGUGUGUGGAUGUCAGGCAUCAUCUAAAGGCACCAUAUAAAAGUAAAAUUUUGCAAGAUAUAGAAGAUGCCAACAUAGCCAUAUGUGAUGAGGCCCUGCCCAAGUCCUAUUCUGCACAAAUUCCAUCCACAUGUGCUCUUCCAUGUCAAGUGAUCAGAAUCCCAGCAAACACAUUUCAAGUACUGCCAUGUAAGUUGCGCUCUAACCUAGCUGAAAGACGAUGGGAGUAUAGCAAGGGUGCUGGGCGCUUUCUCUAUCCAAGCUCUGAUGGGGGGCUGAUAGUAGUAGCCCAAACAGACAGAGAGGAAUCUUAUGAAUGUUGGUCAGUAGAAAAGGGCUUUUGGCAGCCUCUGGCCAAUUACUGUGUGAAAACAGAGCCACAGCAUGAGAGCACCAUGCUGAUUGGUAGCUCCCACACCCCACUGAUGCCCAAGGAGGAGCCAGUGAUCCUUCCAGGUGAUGCUCGUUCAUCACUGAUAGAGAACAAAAGUUACUGGAAUGAGCUGAUUGUGGUAUGUAUACUGCUGGGCAUGUCUUUCCUGGUCUUUCCUUUGAUUGUGAUCUGCCGAAAUAGAAACCGCAUGAAAGCCAUGUUAAAGCAGAGCGAAUGUCCCAACAUGCAGCAGAAAAAGGCACGAAUGGCAGGAAAACCCACGGAAAGUCUUCCACUGAAUGGCAACACUGUCCCAUCCUCUGUGGCAGACCACAAGGGCUACCAGACACUGCAUGACAACUGCUUCUGCAGUACACCAACACAAGAGUGUUCCUCACCUGAGAACAGCAAAAGUUUCUCAGAAUCAGAACAGCGACCAUUGCACUUGAAGGACACCCAUGUAGAGAUAUCACCCACCUGCCCAAAUCCUCGAGUACGGCUUGGUUCAGAGAUCAAAGAUUCCAUCAUUUGAGACUCUAGAUACAAAUGACACCUUCAGAGACAACUUCAGUGACAAUACAGUGACAUUGGGAAUUGACAACAUCACAAGACACAUAGCAAAGAUUUGUGUUAAAUGUUUCAUAUAAUAUUUCUAUUUUUUUUUUUUGCACUUUGUCUCCCACUUAUGUCUUGUUGAGGUCCUCAUUUACUCAUUGCUUUCAGGGAUUACUAUCCUAACACUCUCCCUUGCUUAUGCCAUUUGAUGAUUAAUUUCAUCACUGCAGGGUGCCAGAAGGCUAUACAGUUCCAGAAGUCUAAGUGUAUAGUAUUGUAAACCAGCAUACAUAGUGUAAAUGGGUACAAUGUAAACAAGCUUUGAUUAAAAGCCUCAUGAUAUAUAUGCAAGGCCUGCAUUAUCAUGGCCAAGGUACACGUUAGUUGUACUAUGCAAAACAAUGAGAAUUUAUCAAGAAUUGGAUUUCUUUUAGAAAAGCUAGCAUUAGCAACACACAUACAAUCAAGUAUUAUAAGAUCAUAUAAGGUCAUGUGGUACAGUAAGAUUAUAUAAGUGCAAACUAUGACAGGACAUAAGAAGGACAUAAUAAGGUACAGGCAGGGAAUUAUGGGAAAUGAAGGCAAGAAAGUAAAAAAAAAACAUCAAGGACCUAAGGGAGACCAAAAUAAAUAAUAUUAUACACAGUUAAAGAACUAGUUUGUGGUCCAUUGUGCCAAAUGUACAUAAUGUAAAUCAGUAGCCUUUUACUGUAUUGCAAUGGGGCACAAAAGGGUAUUAUAAAGGACUCAAAUAACAAAAAACAUCAGUCUAACUUGGUAGAGAAUCCUUUGGACUAUAUUUCUUUGCCAUAUAUACCUUUUAGAAGACAUAGAUGACUGAACAUUCAUCCUGUUACUUCAGUUGCUGAACUGAUUAGAGCAAUGUGUUUAAAAAAAUAUCUCAGUGGAACUACACCAGAUACAAAAAUGUACACUGAUCAGCCAUAACAUUAUGACCACCUGCCUAAUAUUGUUGGUCCCAUUUUUGCUGCCAAAACAGCCCUGACCUGUUGAGGCAUUGACUCCACUAGAUCGCUGAAGGUGUGCUGUGGUAUCUGGCACCAAGAUGUUAGCAGCCGAUCCUGUAAAUUAUGAGGUAGGGACUCCAUGGACUUGUUUGUCCAGCACAUCCCACAGAUGCUUGACUGGAUUGAGAUCUCAAACACCUCAAACUCAUUGCUAAGCUCAUCAAAGCAUUCCUGAACCAUUUUUGCUUUGUGGCAAGGUAUAUUAUCCUGCUGAAAGAGGCCACAGCCAUCAGGGAAUACUGUUUCCAUAAAUUGGUGUACAGCAUGGUCAGCAUCAUUGUUUAGGUAGGUGGUAUGUGUCAAAGUAACAUCCACAUGGAUGGCAGAACUCAAGGUUUCCCAGCAGAACAUUGCCUAAAGCAUGACACUGCCUCCGCCGGCUUGCCUUCUUCCCAUAGUGCCAUGGUGCCAUGUGUUCCCCAGGUGAUGUCAAAGAAAACGUGAUUCAUCAGACCAGGCCACCUUCCAUUGCAUCGUGUUUCAGUUCUGAUGCUCACAUGCCCAUUGUUUGCACUUUUAGCGGUGCACAGGGGUCAGCAUGGGCACCCUGACUGGUCUGCAGCUAUGCAGCCCUAUACGCAACAAACUGUGAUGCACUGUUUAUUCUGACACCUUUCUAUCAGAACCAGCAUUAACAUCUUCAGCAUUUGAGCAACAGUAGCUCAUCUGUUAGAUCGGACCACACGGGCCAGCCUUUGCUCCCCAGGUGCAUCAGUGAGCCUUGGCCACCCAUGACCCUGUCGCCGGGUUCACGACUGUUCCUUCCAUCGGACCACUUUUGAUAGAUACUACCCACUGCAGACUGGGAACUCCCCACAAGAGCUGCAGUUUUGAAGAUGCUCUGAUCCAGUCAUCUAGCCAUGACAAUUUGGACCUUUACAAAUCCUUACACUUGCCCAUUCUUCCUGUUUCUAACACAUCAACCUUAAGGACAAAAUAUUCACUUGCUGCCUAAUAUAUCCCACCCACAAACAGGUGCCAUGAUAAGGAGAUAAUCAGUGUUAUUCACUUCACCUGUCAGUGGUCAUAAUGUUAUACCUGAUCUGUGUAUUUAUUUUCAUGGUUAAAUAUGCCUUUUAAUUGAUUCAUGAACAUUAUGGCCUGAAAAUUUAAAAGAUGGACAUUCAGUUGCAGACCUUUAAACAUAAUGUACAAACUCAAUGUCAUUUCUCUUGUAAAAGCAUGCAAAAAUUUGUGCCAUAAACUACAGUGACAGAUUUACUGAAAGUAUUCCAAAACUUAAUUAUUUAAGAAAAUAAGAAGAUUUAUUUUUCCUAUUUUCCAGUUUAUGAAUAACAUUAUUUGGUGUGUUGCAAAAAGUAGCAACCCAGUAUAUGUGUUACUGUACUACUGAUUGACUGGCAUUGUGGUUUUGGGUAUAUGUGUAUAAAAUAUUUUCACAGAAUUUUAUUGUAAAAUGGGUUUGUUGAUGUAAAAUUGGGCUGUGCUGUAGCUUGAAUUUUUAGAGAUUUUUUUUCCCCAUAAUGCCUUCAUGGUACAUUUUGUGAAUGCAAGUUCUUGUUUCAUUUGCUAUGAAACACAUCCUCAUAGCUUUUUUUUAUGGCUAUGCACAAUCAAGUGAAUAAACAUCAGAGCUCACCUGCAUGCCUCCAAUUAUGUGUAUGCUUCAACUCAAGAAAUGAAAAGUAAAAGAAUUCAUUGUAGCAAAUGCCUUAGAAUUGUCACUCAUAAAAUAGUUCAUCUGAA